AACCCAGGAGGUUGGAUUCAUCCCUGUGUAAUGGAUUGUUAUGGGAUGUUAACUACAACUGAGCAACUUCAUCGUAGAAAAGAAGGAAAAAUUGGUGACAAAGAAAUCCUAAUGCAUGUCGUCAUAAAAGAAGUCACGAAAUUACUGAUGGACCCCAACCUGGAUUGUUCAGAUCCAGAAUAUAAAAGGAUUUUCUCACUAGAUUAUGUUGGCUACAGAUUGGAAAAUGCAGGACUGGUACACAUUCCAUGUCCAAUUGGGGAAGAGUGGAUUCUUAUUGUAGCAAACUUCAUCGAUAAAUCAUUCGAUGUAUUAAAUCCUGAUUCCGGAGUAGGAAAGUUCUCCGAAGUAGUUAACACUGUGAUAUUCAAUUUCAAACAAUUAUUUGUCAAAUGUUACCCUGGUUGCUUCAAGUUCAACAUACAUGACUUUAGUGUUAAAUAUGUUCAUGUUCCUAAACAAAACUUUAGGUAUGAUUCUGGAAUUUUCGUGAUCCAAUACAUGAGGUGCUACAAUGGAGUUGAAGUAAAACAAUUCUCAAAUGUUGACUUGCAAGCAAUCCGAGAAAAAGUCUCAUGCCAGCUAGUGAUAAACAAAUUUAAUGAGCAACAGGUGCCAAUAGCACGAGAAUUCAUUUCGAAGCAUAGUAUGCUGAAACAAGGUGAUUCUGAAAAGCUGCAACCGGACAUGGGCCACAUCGUCCUCGCAUGCAUGGCAGGUAUGGCGGAGCGGGAGAAGCAGUACUACGGCCGCGCCCUCUUCAUCAAUAUCGCCGGCAACGUGCGCGUCACGCCGGAGGAUUUGGUGGCGUCUCUGGAGCAGCACUGCGAACUUCGGCCUAGGUCGGCGACGGCGGAGGUGACAAGCCCACCAUACCACUUCUUCAUCUGA